AUGGCUGGUAACGACUACCUACUCUUCGAUGAGGUUGAGGUCAACCCUCACGGGGGAGUGCAGGAGGCGAGGGAGAUAGGCGCUAAUGCAGUCGAGAGAGACCGAUCUCUCCCGACACGAAGAGUGUGGCCAGCUGUCGUGAAGGUCCCGUGGAUUGAUGAUCGCAGACCUAAGCAGAAUUAUGAUGCCAUCAGAGGCCGAGAUUUGAAGAUUACACAGAGGCUGGCCAAGAGACCUGAAGAGUUAGCAGCGUAUGAAGCGGCAGUGGACGAGCUCUUGAAGUCCGGGGCGGUCGAGGAACUCCCACUGGGGGAGGACCCGAGGAAGUGGGCCUACCACUAUAUGUGUGGGGUUCCGGUCUUCGCCAAUCAGCGAAAGUCCACUCGCUGUCGUAUCUGCAUCGACGCUCGAGAGCUUAACAACUUCACGAAUAAAGAAGGGGACGAGGAGGCCGCGGACAUGGACCUACAGUCACGGAUGCUAGAGUGGCGAGCCUCAAAGAGAGUUGAUUGUGAGGACCUCAAGAAGGCCUUCUGGUCGGUUCACAUCGAUGAAUCGGAUGUGAAGUGGUUGGGGAUGUGCGUCGGGUCGAGGAUCAUAAGGUGGAUCCAUGUCCCUUUCGGGACGAAUUGGUCCCCUUGGGCCCUCUCCUCGGUCUUGGGAAAGAUCCUCAAACAGAUCGGGGGGACGGACGGUGCCGAAGCUAUCUCCUUCUAUGUCGACGAUGUCCUUCUGCGAGGGGACAGUUGCUCUGAGGUGUCGAAGAUUCGUCGGGAGGUGGUUCCCGCAUUAGAAGAGCGGGGGUUCGAGGUCCACCAGGACAAGCGAAUGUCCAAUCUCGACACGG